AUGGCUGCGACGGAUCGUGACGCGCUGGUGGCCGUCUUUCAUUCGACGGGCGGGAGAAGUUGGGCGAUCAAUAACAACUGGAACACGAUGGCCGAGCUUUUCAGAUGGUACGGGAUCAAGGUCGACGGCCGGGGUCGCGUCGUGAAGCUAAAGUUUCGGUCUAUUCCUAUGGAGCUCGGCACCCUGACCAUGAUUUCGAGCCUGUACCUGGGCUGGAACAAGAUUACAGGUUCCAUCCCCGAGGAGCUGGGCGCCCUCACCAACCUCAAGCACCUUUUACUCGGCCACAACCAGCUAACGGGUUCCAUCCCCAAGGAGCUGGGUGCCCUCACCAACCUCAGGAGUCUUGGCCUCGACCACAACGAGCUAACAGGGGCUAUUCCUAAGGAGCUGGGAACCCUGACCAGGAUGGCGUCCCUUUCGCUGCGCGGGAACAAUGUUACAGGACCUCGUAGCUGA